GGCGGACCUAAGAGACAAGCACGAUCCUGAUUGGGCAGACCUGCUUCGCUAAAUGGCGGAGACACUGAGGCGGGUGCUGAGUGGCGGUAACGCGGCUGGGACCGGAGAGGACACCACGGCCGAGUCGGGGCCACCUGUGCUGCUGCUCGGCGCCCAGGGCUCCGGGAAGACGUCCCUAAUGUUCGCGACCGCGCUGGAAGCGGCGGGAGAAGGCUGCGGGCCUGUCCUCUUCCUGACCCGGAGGCCGCUUCAGAGGCUACCGCGCAGUACACGAGCAGCACGCGAGCCGUUAAGGCUGCAGAAGGUUCGAUUCCAGUACCCACCCUCAACUCUUGAGCUUCUCCAACUGCUAGCCUCCACCCAUGAGGUCCCAGGGCCUGCCCCCUGCCUUUUGCUGCUGGACGGCCUAGAAGAGUACCUAGCAGAAGAUCCCGGGACCCAGGAAGCCGCCUACUUGGCUGCACUGCUUCUAGAUACUGCAGCCUACUUCAGCCACCGACUGGGAUCCAAUCGAAGCUGCGGGCUCAUGGUAGCCCUUGAGACCCAAGUAGAAGCAGAUGGUGCUGAUGCCCCACAGCUGACUUUGCUUCAAAGGUAUUUUCCUGCCAAAUGUUGGCUGCAGCCAGAGGCACCAGGUCUGGGACAGCAAGGCUGCUUCCGAGCCUGCCUAGAGUUAGGCACGCCGGGCCCCAGAGCAGAGUGGACAUUUAAGUUCUUUCCCGAUGGAGAGAUGAAGAUCACCCCAUGGCCCACCCAGCCUACAAGCCCCAGCCCAGACAAGAAGAGUUCAAGUGCUGGAGGCCAGUCCUUAACCUCAGUAUGUGACAAUGUCUCUGGGCAGUUUCCUGGGCCUGGAACUGCAGGACAAGUGCAUAUGCAAAGACCUAAAGAAUAGAAAGUGGUUUUUCUCUUUAGAAAUUAGCAUUGUUGGGGGCCAGUGAGAGGGGUCAGUGGGUAAAGGUGCUUGCUACCAAGCCUGAUGCAAAUUUGAUCCGCAGGACCUACAUGGUGCAGGGAGAGAACCAGCUCCCACAGCGUGUCAUCUGAUCUCCAUACUGGGGCACUGAAACACGUUCACACACUAAUAAUAACAGUAAAUAAAAUAAAAUUUAGAAUAGAUAUA